GCCUCCAGUGGCGCCGUAAGCAUGAAUCCUGCCACCAGCAAGGAUUCAGGCCGGCUGCGGGGACGGCCGGGGGUGGGCGUCGGGGUGGUGAUUACGAGCUCCAAGCACCCUCAAUGCGUUCUGUUGGGGAAAAGGAAAGGGUCCAUUGGAGCCGGCACUUUCCAGCUUCCCGGCGGUCACUUGGAAUUCGGUGAAAGCUGGGAAGAAUGUGCUGAGAGGGAAACCUUGGAAGAAGCCGCUCUUCACCUGAAAAAUGUUCGCUUUGCUUCUGUUGUCAAUUCUGUCAGCGAGAAGGAUGAUUACCAUUAUGUCACUAUAUUGAUGAAAGGAGAAGUGGACGUGGCUUAUGAUUCAGAGCCAAAGAACACAGAACCUGAAAAAAAUGAAGGUUGGGAAUGGGUUCCAUGGGAAGAUUUCCCUCCACUAGAUCAACUCUUCUGGGCUUUGCGAUGUUUAAAGGAACAAGGCUACAAUCCUUUUAAGGAAGAAUUGAAUCAUCUAAUGGGGUACAGAGGAAAUCAUCAAUAGAGCACCUGCAUAUCAAUUAAUUCAUUUUAGGAAGGAAAGUUAUAGAGUAUACCAAAAAACCUCAAGUGUUCUAGAAAACAGUGAAGCUUCCAAUAGAAGAUAAGUAGCUUAUGUAUUCUGGUACCACAAUAAGCAGGUGAGGCUAUGUGAAAGUAGAGAGUUGGCUUCAGAGUGGGGAAGACUUGCACUCAGCCAUUUUCAAUUUAGUGGCUGUUUGCCACCUCAGAGUACACAACAUAGUAUACAACAGACUGAAAGGGGGACUGGAACUCUCAUGGGGGAACCUUCUCGCACCCUCCCCUUCAACAAGGCAGGUCAGCAGCUUCUCUGUUACUGUAGUUUUAGAAAGUUGCCAAAGCUACGAGAGCGUCCGCAGCCAGGAAGCGUUUGUUAACAGAGACUGCAUUUGAACCCAGGUCAUAGUGUCUGAAAUGAGAGGAUUGGAUUAGAUAACUUUAUGGUCCAUUUCAGCUCCAAGUCUUAUUCAUGAAAAACAGUCCCUCCUGUCUCAGGAGAUUGCUUCUGCAGUUUUAAAAAUGCCAGCCAGUGGGGAUUUUGUGAUUGUAAGGAUAGCAGUUGCUCCAUAAGACAGGGUCCUGAGCCACAGACAAAAAGGGACUUUAUUUCUCAAAUGGGAUUUUAGUCCUAAACUAGGGAUGAACUAGCAAAAAACCAAUG